AUGUCGCAAAAGCCGCGAAAGCUUCAGCGCGUCUCCAAGGCCUGCGACUUUUGCAACAGACGCAGCAUCAAAUGCAGGCCAAUCGAGGACCCGCUCGGCCGCUGCCAAAAUUGUGCGGACUUCGAUGUACCGUGCACCUUUGACCGCCCUGCAAAACGCCGGGGCGUCAAGGGUGGCUCUCGGGCGAGUGGCCGUGAUGUUCGGUUGGUGAGUGCAUCCGUAGAUAAUGAUGUUCAUAUCGCGGCAGGAAGUGCAGGCGGAAGAGCCUCCGGCUCCCCGACUUCUCGCAGUUCGCACCGUCCAUCCGUCUCCAGUGAUCCCUGGUCUACCUUUAACCAUGGCUGGCCAAUAGCCGAGGGUGAUGACCAUGAUGGGCCACUGCACAAUUCUUGGAAAUCAUUUGCCAUUGCCUGUGACCGGCAAGUAAGGAAUCUAGUGCAGGUUUAUUUCGAGAUUGUCUAUCCAAUAUUUCCCUUAUUUCACAUGCCGUCCUUGAUAGAGCAGGUCAACAGCAAGGAACAUCUCCGCAAUCAAGGGCUCUUUGCCUCCACAAUGGCUCUUUGCUCUUUGGUCUCCGCUCGUGUUCGGGACGGUGCAUUGUACUCUAACCGGUGGCACCGAGAAGAGCUCAUUGAUCCACCUUCCGAAGCGUUUUUUGCAGCCGCGAGAGACUCGAUUCCUCGGGACCUCGUCGCAGUCAAAGGUAUUCAUUAUAUGCGUGCGUGUGCCAUACUGGCUAUCGCCAGUAUUCAAAAUGGCCAGAUCAAAAAUAUGCAGAAGUAUUCCGGAUUCUACCACACCCUGACUUCCAUGGAAGGCCUUUAUGACGAAAAACUCUGGCCAAAAGACUUGACGCCGAUUGAGACGGAGGAGCGGCGCCGACUUUUCUGGUCUAUCUAUACGCUAGACAUCUAUUCGACAAUCGUGUGGGGUGGUGUUAUUCGAUAUCGCGAGACCCAUUCCUUGGUGCGCUAUCCCAGCGAAAUCGACGACGAGUUCAUCACGCACCACGGCUAUGGUGUGCCGCCUAUACUUCCGGGAUCGGAUUCGCUUUCGCCUAGCAACGUAACCGUUGUCUCCCGGCAGCCUGUGACCUGGCUGCGUGGUUGGAACUUCACCACAGACCUUUACCGGAUUCUUGAGCACGUGGUUGAUGGCAAUCGACGCCACUUCUCUUCGGCUAAUGGGACGACACCAGUGUGGCCACUCUUUAGCCCGUUAUCCAUAUCUGAACCGGCGGUGAUGGAUCAAGUCCUUACUAUGUACUCCGCACUUCCACCACAGUUUCGCGAGACGCUGCCCACUACAGGAGAUAUGUCGAAAGACUUAUUCGGGUUCCAAUCAGCCAAUAUUCAGGCAACGCUACAACUUCUUCGGAUGGUGCUCUUGUCUAGGGAGGAAAUUGGGGUAGAGCGAAAAUGCGAUGUGGCGGGAGAAGUGCUCAGCGUGUUUUCGAAUGUACCCGUCGAGUACUUGAAAGCGAUCAGCUCCCCUCUGCUCCAUCACCUCGGCGGAAUUGGCUACAUCCUCGGCUCUGUCAUGGAAGGGAGUUUAUCUGAAGCAUCCUACACCCGCGUUCGCACAUUACUACUCGAAAUGGCAGAUCUUUUAGAACGUCUCGAAACGGGCCUACACCGUGCCUCCGGUGCCGGCGAACGGCUGCGGUCGCAGGUUGAUCGAAUAGAUGGCUACAUGCGGACCUCAGUUCUGCUCAACCUUACUGCACCCAGUAACGCGACGCAGAUCGUCAACGCAAAAUCUGAUCCUGCUGUUCCGACAUCGUACACGCCGGGCAUCCCGGCUGCCGGAACCUUGCCUGGUGCCGGCCUCGACCAGAUGUCACAAUUCCAACUGCCACCAGAACUGCUGGCAGAUUGGCCAUGGCCGUUGGAUUCUUGCAAUACCGAGGGAUUUCUGCCUCUGGCGUUCGAAUAG